GCAGCGUGGGCUUCGGUGAAUGUGGGGGCAGGGGUGGUUUCGACGUUGCUGGCGCAGAUAGUUAAUGGACUGGGAAGUUGCAGCUUCACGAGAAUCGACCGUGUGUUCGGGCGUCAAACGGAGCUCACUGUGCAUUUAAUGCACAUUGCCUUCAAAAGCAUGCAUUUCGUGUGUUUCAGGGAGGGUAGAGGGUUUCGAGAUGGAAUAGGAGAUGUGAAGGAGCGAAGUCCCCACUUUCGAUAUGACAUUAAGGUGUUGUGCGGAACACAGUAUGCUGAGACACAUCACUUCUGUUCACUCAUAGUUGUUUCCGACACUUUCCUUUCCAACAUGAGCGAUUGUAUCAAAGGAUUAGUGUACACUGUGGGUCGCAAAUCAGUUCCAUUCGAGGCAAAUUUAGUCACUCCCAUUGUUUAACGGUCGGAAACUCCAAGGUUUGGUAAAUAUGCGUAGAAGACGAACACUGCAGAGAUGGGUUGUCGCGGCUCUCACUCUCUUGACCUUGGUCGCUUGUUUGUCGGACGCCUUGACGCCAGACGGCUUAGCAUUGCUAGAAUUCAAGAACAACUUAAUUGCAUCGUCCGUUGAGUCUCUUGCUAAUUGGAACGAGUCGGAUGCAUCCCCGUGUACCUGGAACGGCAUCAACUGCACGUCAACUGGUUACGUGCAGAACAUCAGCUUGACGAAAUUUGGACUUGAGGGCUCAAUUUCGCCGAGUUUGGGGAAGCUGAAAUUCAUGGAAAAGCUGGACCUCUCCGGAAAUUUAUUGUUUGGCAGUAUUCCUACAGAGCUUGGUAAUUGCAGUGCGCUCAUCACUCUUCAUCUCUAUAAUAACAAGAACCUUUCCGGACCGAUUCCAUCCGAAUUAGGCAAUCUUCAGGCCUUGACCGAGGUAUUACUAACAAACAACAAACUCAAUGGAACCAUACCCCGAGCCUUUGCAGCACUCCCGAAGUUGGAAACAUUCGACGUCGGCGAGAAUCGUCUCACCGGUGAGGUACCUAUCGAAAUUUACGAGAAUGAAAACCUAGCAAUGUUCUACGUCAAUGACAACCUCCUCCACGGGAAUAUUACCGCAGGUUUGGAAGCGCUGUCCAAGUUGCCCAAUAUAGGAGAUAUAUGGAUGCACAAUAACAAUUUUAGCGGCUCCCUGCCGGCGUCAUUGGGUAAUGCUACCACUAUCACAUCCCUCCUCGUCCACAACCAGAGCGGUAAGGCAUUCGGAGGUACGAUUCCUCCCGAGAUUGGUAAGCUGAAAAACCUCAACACUCUGGAUCUCCGGAACAGCAAUUUCACAGGCAUCAUUCCCCCCCAGCUCGGCAACUUGACUUCAUUACAGAAGAUGUACCUGCACACAAACUACCUCACUGGCGGUAUCCCUCGAGAAUUUGGUCGGCUUCAAAACAUGCAUGAUCUGCAGUUGUACGACAACCAGCUAGAAGGGCCACUCCCGGCGGAGCUCGGAGAUUGCUCUAUGCUCCAGAAUGUUUAUUUGUUUCUGAAUCGUCUGAACGGUUCUAUCCCUUCGUCAGUAGGUAAACUGGCUCGACUUAAAAUAUUUGAUGUUCACAACAACACCCUGUCUGGGCCUCUCCCGGUGGAUUUGUUUGACUGCACAUCACUAACGAAUCUUUCUUUACAAUACAACAUGUUCUCCGGCAAUAUUCCGCCCGAGAUAGGGAUGUUGAAGAAUUUGAGUUCGCUACGGCUGAAUUCCAACAACUUCUCGGGCGAUCUUCCGGAGGAAAUUGUGAAUCUGACGAAAUUGGAGGAGCUUGCGCUCUGCGUGAAUCGUCUUACGGGACGUAUUCCGGACGGGAUCUCCAACAUUACAACCCUACAACAUAUAUACCUGUAUGACAAUUUCAUGUCGGGGCCACUUCCUCCUGACCUCGGACUGUACAACUUGAUAACGCUCGACAUUCGCAACAACUCGUUCACCGGGCCGUUGCCCGAGGGACUGUGCCGUGCGGGAAAUUUGUCCUUCGUGGAUGUACACCUGAACAAGUUUGAAGGCCCCAUUCCGAAAUCCCUCUCCACCUGCCAAUCCCUAGUUCGGUUCCGCGCUUCGGAUAACCGGUUCACGGGAAUUCCUGAUGGGUUCGGAAUGAACUCGAAAUUGUCCUACUUAUCCCUUUCGAGAAACCGCCUCGUAGGUCCACUACCGAAGAACCUUGGAUCCAAUAGCAGCCUCAUCAACUUAGAACUUAGUGACAAUGCCCUAACGGGAGAUCUGGGUUCGUCUUUGGCAUUCUCCGAGCUAUCGCAGCUUCAACUCCUAGACUUGUCAAGGAACAAUUUCAGGGGUGAGAUACCAGCGACAGUGGCAAGCUGCAUUAAGCUCUUCCAUUUGGACUUGAGCUUCAAUUCUCUUAGUGGAGUUCUCCCUGUUGCACUUGCAAAAGUAAAAACAGUUAAGAACUUAUUUCUCCAGGGCAACAAUUUCACAGGGAUUGCCGAACCAGACAUAUACGGCUUCAGCAGCUUACAGAGGCUCAACCUUGCGCAGAAUCCUUGGAACGGGCCGAUUCCACUAGAAUUGGGUGCCAUUUCGGAGCUCAGGGGAUUGAACUUGAGCUACGGCGGGUUCUCAGGAUCCAUCCCCUCAGACCUCGGUAGGCUAAGCCAGCUUGAGAGUCUCGAUCUGUCACAUAACGACCUCACGGGGGAAGUGCCGAACGUGCUUGGAAAGAUCGCUUCCCUCUCUCACGUGAACAUCUCAUACAACCGCCUCACAGGCCCAUUGCCGUCUGCUUGGAGAAACCUCUUAGGUCAAGACCCUGGAGCAUUUGCAGGCAACCCAGGGCUGUGUCUCAACUCCACUGCCAACAAUCUAUGCGUGAACACAACCCCCACAAGCACAGGAAAAAAGAUACAUACAGGGGAAAUUGUGGCCAUAGCUUUCGGCGUUGCCGUGGCAUUGGUCCUGGUUGUAAUGUUCUUGUGGUGGUGGUGGUGGUGGCGGCCUGCUAGAAAAUCCAUGGAACCAUUGGAGCGCGACAUCGACAUCAUUAGCUUUCCAGGGUUCGUAAUCACAUUCGAAGAGAUUAUGGCAGCAACAGCAGACCUAAGUGAUAGUUGCGUAAUUGGAAGAGGCGGCCAUGGAGUCGUUUACAAAGCGAGGUUGGCGUCAGGUACGUCCAUCGUGGUGAAGAAGAUCGACUCUCUAGAUAAAUCUGGUAUUGUUGGUAAGAGUUUCUCGAGAGAAAUAGAGACGGUCGGAAACGCGAAGCAUCGAAACCUCGUAAAGUUGCUCGGCUUCUGCAGAUGGAAAGAGGCAGGGCUGCUCCUAUAUGAUUAUGUUGGUAAUGGGGACCUCCACGCAGCGUUGUAUAACAAGGAGUUAGGGAUAACCUUGCCCUGGAAAGCAAGGCUUCGGAUUGCAGAGGGGGUAGCAAACGGAUUGGCGUAUCUUCACCACGACUACAACCCCGCGAUAGUGCAUCGAGACAUAAAGGCCAGCAACGUGCUCCUCGACGAUGAUUUAGAACCUCAUAUCUCGGAUUUUGGCAUCGCAAAGGUGCUGGACAUGCAGCCAAAGAGCGAUGGCGCGACCUCGACAUUACAUGUCACGGGAACAUAUGGUUACAUCGCUCCAGAGGCAGGGUAUGGGGCAAAGCCGACAACGAAGUUGGAUGUAUACUCCUACGGUGUGCUAUUGCUUGAGCUCUUGACGAGUAAGCAAGCAGUGGAUCCAACUUUCGGUGAAGACCUGCACAUUACGAGAUGGGUGAGAUUGCAGAUGCUGCAAAAUGAAGAAAGGGUGGCAGAAUCUGUACUAGACUCAUGGCUUCUCAGUACAUCAAGCAUGACAGAAAGAACACAUAUGCUCCACGGACUAAGGCUUGCUUUGCUUUGCACCAUGGACAACCCAUCUGAACGUCCUACAAUGGCAGAUGUGGUCGGAAUUUUACGUAGACUACCUAGAGCAACAGAGGAAGUGUGAGAGUAUCGGUUAUCCCUUUAGGAAUAUUUCGCAUUAAACUACGCGAAAUUCCCUGUGUCUCCCAGUUCCAAACUCUAAUACUUACAAUCCCCAAUUUUUUUCCGAUUUCAAAUGUAAUUGCAGUGAUCAAGGAGCUGAGUAAACUUACGCUCUAUACUCAUCACCGUCAAAAUUCGUACACGAUGUGUACGUAUAAUGGUGCUUAUUUUACAUAUUAACGCCAGUUCCCACCAGAGGACUGUCAUGUAUGUCACAAACAAUAGCAAAAACUAAGAGAUAUACACCUCAAGCCUUGAUAACA